AUGUCGGUAGAAUGUCCGGUACAUCCCGGUGCACAUCUGGUGGAGGAUCAUCGAGCUGGUGAUUUGAUCUGCCCUGAAUGUGGUUUAGUUGUGGGAGACAGACUGGUGGAUGUGGGCACGGAAUGGCGAUCAUUCAGUAACGAAAAGUCUGGUGCAGAUCCUUCACGUGUUGGCGCACCGGAGAAUCCACUUCUUGGAAGCGCUGAUUUCUUAGCAAAUGCACAACGCAAGAAUAUGAACAACAUGGAUCGACAGAUGUCGCAAGGAUUAAGUGUAAUUCGUGAGAUGAGUGCACGUAUUCACCUACCUAAAUCUAUUGAGGAUGGAGCGGCGAAGAUUUUCAAAGAUGUGUUGGAUAGUAAGGCAUUACGAGGUAAAAAUAACGAAGCUCAAGCAGCGGCUUGUUUAUACAUAGCUUGCAGAAAAGAAGGUGUUCCACGUACAUUUAAAGAAAUCUGCGCUGCUUCUCGUGUUUCUAAAAAAGAAAUAGGAAGGUGCUUCAAACUGAUCAUAAAGUCAUUGGAAACGAGUUUGGAACAGAUUACUAGUGCAGAUUUUAUGUCACGAUUCUGUGGUAAUUUGGGUUUGCCGCACAGUAUCCAGGCUGCAGCAACACGAAUUGCAAAAAAAGCUGUCGAACUGGAUUUGGUUGCUGGCCGUAGUCCGAUAUCUAUAGCUGCAGCAGCGAUAUAUAUGGCAAGCCAAGCGUCCAGCAAUAAAAAGACGGCUAAAGAAAUUGGUGAAAUUGCGGGUGCAGCUGAAGUGACGGUUAAACAAACAUAUAAACUUUUGUACCCUCGGGCAGGAGAACUGUUUCCGGAAGAUUUCAAAUUUACCACAGGAGUUGAGUCGCUUCCUCUGUCGUGA